AUGUCAUUAUCCUCUUCGACCCUCUCUCUUAAAUUCAUGCAACGUGGUUUAGCCCGUUCCCAACCACCCAACUCUCAACCUUCUACGCCGAACACAAAGAGCAGCACAAGCGAUGCUGUGUCAUCUACACCCUCCUCCUCAUCAAAGCCUAGUGAGGCCUAUCUGUCAGCCAGUGCGUCAGCAGCAGCGAGAGGAGAGAAGAUGGUAAUCCAGAAUGAAGAAGAAUGGUUCAUCCCUCCUUCUUCGUCGAGGGUCCAGAAUAACGGAUUGAUACACUCGAAGAAUGUCAGUGGCCCAGUGUUCGAGUCGAGCUAUGUACCGUUCCUCAUUGGUUCAUCGUCUGAUGCUGGACCUUCGAAUGCCGAGGGGAGUAGUGGGAGUGGAGGAGGCGGGAGGAUGACCUUUGGUGGGUUUGGAAAGGAUAAGGUUAAACUCAAGGUGGAGAAGGAGGAUGAUAACGAAGAUAGGGAUGAGGAUGAGGAUAUGGAUGAUGAUGUAGAAGUGGAGCAGACGAUAAAGGAGAGGAAGACCAAGAUAAUCAAGAAUGAACCUGAAAAAUCUCAGCGUCCUCGUACAUUCGUCAAACCAGCUAUAUCCCCUCCUCCUCAAUCAUCAAACCAUACCAAGACCAAAUCCCAGCAAAGCCAGAAUCAGAAAACAACACCAAGUGAAAGACCAAUGUCAAUGGCCGAGAAGAUGCGUCAAACGAUAUCAUCUUCUCGUAAUUCACCUUCGACUUCAUCUACAUCAAAUACAAAUACGGAUUCACCAAAUACAUAUACAAAUACAAAUCCAAAUUCAAAUUCACCUGCACCUUCUUCAGAGUCAAGUAAGAAGACCAAAAAUAAGAACAAGAAUAAGAGACCAGCGAGUGAAAGAGAGUCGUCUGCGGGAACCUUGACUUCCCCUUUGAUCAGUAAGAAGAAGAUAAAGACGGAGCCGCAGUCUCAGUCGCAGGGACAGAGACAGGGGCAGACGAUGAGUUUGGACGAAAGGGAGAAAGCUAUAAAAGCUCAGAAGAAGAAGGAUAAGAAGAAAGCUAAAGUGCAAGCUCAGAAUUGA